GUCAGUUGGCUGCAGUUUUUAUGCUCUGCGAGGCUGGACAUUUUCGUCGCUAAAAUGCCUGUAACUACAGAAAUAUUUGCAUCUCAAGAGCUCCCAGAGACGCUGAAGACGACGAGGGAGGAGGAGAAGUGCAGUUUCGGUCUUUUCUGUGAUGAACAUGGUUACCUAAACCAGAUCCGGUACAUUCUGGAGCACGGCCACACGAAGGGGGACAGAACCGGGACAGGAGUCAUCUCAGUCUUCGGAAGUCAAGCCAGAUACAGCUUGCGCGAUCAGUUUCCCUUGCUGACGACCAAAAAAGUUUUCUGGAAAGGAAUUCUCGAGGAGUUGCUGUGGUUUAUUAAGGGCUCAACAAAUUCUAAAGAGCUCUCGGAAAAAGGCGUGAAGAUCUGGGAUGCCAAUGGCUCAAGGAGCUUCUUGGACAAGUGUGGCUUCACGGAGAGGGAAGAGGGUGACCUUGGGCCAGUGUAUGGCUUCCAGUGGCGGCAUUUUGGUGCGGAGUAUACAAACAUGCAUGCAGAUUACACAGGACAAGGUGUUGACCAGCUGCAGAAGGUCAUUGAAACCAUCAAAACAAAUCCAGAGGACAGAAGGAUCAUCAUGUGUGCAUGGAAUCCCAAAGACUUGCCCCUGAUGGCGCUGCCUCCCUGCCAUGCUCUCUGUCAGUUCUAUGUGUGCGACGGCGAGCUUUCCUGUCAGCUGUACCAGCGCUCAGGCGAUAUGGGUCUGGGCGUGCCUUUCAAUGUGGCCAGCUAUGCUCUUCUCACGUACAUGAUCGCUCACGUCACUGGACUGAAGGUGAGGGAUUUUGACGUCUCUGUGAUGGACUCGUGUCUUACUGUCUUGUUUUCCCUCCCUCAGCCUGGAGACUUUGUGCACACACUGGGUGACGCACACAUCUACCUGAACCACGUGGAACCUCUCAAAGAACAGCUCCAGAGGGAAGUACGACCUUUCCCAAAGCUGAAGAUCCUGAGGACGGUGACGAACAUUGACGACUUCCGGGCAGAAGAUUUUGAAAUCUGUGACUACAACCCCCACCCAGCCAUCAAGAUGCAGAUGGCUGUUUGAGUUGUUAAUGAUGCAUGUCACGACGUCUCCUGUGGUCGACGGUAACCAGAGCAAAGACAAAUAAAUGUUCCCUAGUUUAUAUAAAAAGCCCUGGAAAAUAAUCAAGGUUCAUUUUCAUCAUGUGCUAGUAAAGUAAAGCAUCACAGCACGGUACAGUUCACUGAGGUACGAGUGUUUUGUUGCUUUUGUAAGCAAAGUUCAUGAACAGUUAAAUUAACAUUAGAAUGUGCAUUCUCAGUCACAAAAGCAAUGAUUAAAAUGCUAGUUAUUAAUACAAGUGUGAUUGUAUUUCCGGCUGUUCCACCUGUGCAAUAGGCUAGGAUACCUAAUAUACUUCCUG